CAUACUUCACAAAAGCAAGUCUUAAAUUCCACCAGAAAGUUCAUGAGGAAGAAAAACAAUUUCAUUGUGAUGUCUGUUCCAAAGCAUUUAACCAUAAAAGUCAUUUCACAAGACAUUUAAGAACACAUACAGGAGAGAAACCCUUUAGUUGUAAAAUCUGCAAGAAAGCAUUUUCAUGUAAGAAAUCCCUUUCAAUGCAUAACAACAUUCAUACAGGUGAAAAGCCAUACAAAUGUAAAGUCUGCGAAAAGGCAUUUAGACAUCAAGUAAAUUUGAGAACUCAUAACAGGAUUCAUACUGGAGAAAAGCCAUAUAAAUGUAAGAUAUGUUCUAGAGCCUUUUCACACAGUAGUCAUGAACGGAGACAUCAAAAGGUUCAUACAGGAGAAAGAAAAUAUGAAUGUGAGACAUGUUUCAAAAGAUUUGGAGACAAAUCAUCUCUUAAAGGUCAUUACAGAACUCACACAGGUGAGAAACCAUUUCAGUGUAAGAUUUGUUUGAAAGCCUUUUCUUCAUCUGGCAUUUUAAGAACUCACACACAUAUUCACACUGGUGAAAAGCCAUUUAAAUGCAACAUUUGUGAAAAAGCCUUUUCUAACCAAAGCAGUCUGUGUACACAUAGAAUUAUCCACAAUGAGGAAAAAGAAUUCAACUGUCAGGUCUGCUUCAAGAAAUUUUCUUCAAAAGUACACCUUGUAAUGCAUAACAGAAUCCAUACAGGAGAGAGACCAUUUAAAUGUAAACUAUGUCCUAAAGCAUUUCAUACAAGUUCAGCCCUUACUUGCCAUAAACGAAAUCAUACUGGAGAAAAACCAUUCAAAUGUAAGUUCUGCUCAAAAACAUUCAAAGUAUGUUCUAAUUUGUUGAUGCAUAAAAGGCUUCAUACUGGGGAGAGGCCAUACAAAUGUAAAUCAUGCCCAAAAGCAUUUUACUGUACAUCUCAUUUAAUUAAACAUGAAGUUGUUCAUACUGGGGCUGAUAAAACAUUUAAAUGUUCAUUUUGCACAAAAUCAUUUUGGCAGAGAAAACCUCUUGCAAAGCACCUUGAAACACACAUAAAGAAAGAGGAAAACUAAAUACAUUCUAAUAAAUGUAUCAUGACAAG